UUCCUUAGUCAAUAGUAGUGUUACCCUAACUUCCAUGAAAGUCAACUGUCUUUGAUACUUUUAUUUGUUGAACACAAAUGGGUUCUUUUUGAAAAAUAUCAAUCGAGUAUACAAUUUUUUUGGUACUUUUAAAAAAAGUAUCAGUCAGAAAAUUACGUAUGCCUAAAUCGAUAAAGUUAAAACUGCUACAUUCUUUUAAUCAAUUACGUGUGGUAAUUGUCCAAAGAAGUUUAAAAUAAUGGCGUCUAUCGGUGAACAUUGCUCGGCACUUGAUAGUGAUUCAGUUCACAAAAACCACGAAGGUUACGUGUGUGGCUUGUGCCAACAAGAGUUUACAUCAGAACAGAACUUGAAUGUUCAUCACGAAAUUGUUCACGAAGGACGAAAAGACUACGUAUGCGAUGUGUGUCAAAAAACGUUUUCAACAAAUCAGAACUUAACAGUUCAUCGCAGAACUGUUCACGAAGGACGAAAAGACUACGAAUGUGCCGUGUGUCAAAAAAUAUUUUCACAAAAAAUCCAUUUGAUGGAACACCAAAAAUCAGUUCACGAAGGACGAAAAGACUUUGUAUGCGACGUGUGUCAAAAAGCAUUUACAACAAAACGGCACUUAACAAUUCAUCGCAGAACUAUUCAUGAAGGACGAAGAGACUUUGUAUGCGAUGAGUGUCAACAAAAAUUUAAACAACAGGGACACUUAGAGAAACACAAAAAAUUAGUUCACGAAGGAAGAAGAGACCACAUUUGCGACGUUUGUGAAAAAGCAUUUGGAACUAAACAAUAUUUGACAGAUCAUAAAGAAGGAGUCCACGGAAGCCAAAAAGGUUUUGAGUGCUACACAUGCCACAAAGUAUUUAAAUGGAAAAGAAGUUUAUUAAAGCACAUGAUAGUACAUGAUGAACCCAAAAAACAAGAAUUCGACAACUCAAAUUCGUUAUUCAAUAUUCAAAUCACUACGAAUCAGACUAUACACACAAUCAAUAGAAAUAAAGCGAUGAGGAAAUGCAACGAAUGCCAUGAAACAUUUGAUCAAAGACGUCAAUUGAUGAGUCACAUUUUUAAUGUUCAUCGAGCAAACAACUUAAAACGUACUUAAAAAGAUACCUAAAAAAGGCGAAAAAUGUGCCAUCAAACAACAUACACUAAUUCAAUUUUAUAUAAUUUGAUUCAAUUUUACAUGGAAUAAAGAACUUAUUGAAAUUAAAAA